AAUAGAAAGAAGGUUUGCUUAACUUCAAGAGCCUACGUAAUCGCCAUUUUGUUAUGUUUUCGAAUACUUGUUGAUAAAUUGUUAUUAUAUGAUUAACUUUGCGUGAAUGAGAAAUGGUCAUAUGAAUAUGCCAUGAUAUUUUAUUUUCACUGCUAAUAGUUUUAUUUAAAGGCUUUGUUUUUUUUGCCGAUGGAACAAUUUUAGUUGAAGGUGACUGAUAGUUUUUGUUUGGUGUACAGGAGAUAUGACUUAAGUUUUAUGUUUCAGUUCAUCUCUUUCGAAACUCAGAUAUCGGAUGUUCCCUUGUUUAACUGCUGCAGUAACAUCUAUUUCAAUUGGAGAUGAUGGACACUUAACUUCUGCAAGACCCUUUUCUCCAAUAACACCUUCCGGAGUGGCACCCAAGAAAGAUAAUGUUGUGAUGAUCAGGAUUUGGUGGUGUGUGGCUAUUUUGCUGCACAAAACAUAAUCUUCCGUCAUCACUAGUUAAGCUGUUUCACGGGUAACUGUGCAUCGACGCGAAAUGACGACGCCGGUGGAGCAGGCCAGCAAGCUGCUGGACUUCAACCAGAAGCUAGACAUUGGCCUCCUCGACAACGUGGUGAACUGCAUGUACGUGGGUCUUGGAGAAGAGCAACGCCUAGCUGCACGGCUCCUGACCAGUUUGAAGGAGCACCCCGAUGCGUGGACCCGAGUGGACACGAUCCUAGAAUAUUCUCACAACCAGCAGACCAAGUACUAUGCUCUCCAGAUACUGGAAGAGGUCAUCAAAACGAGAUGGAAAGCCCUGCCGAGAAACCAAUGUGAAGGUAUUAAGAAAUACAUAGUGAAUCUUAUCAUAAAGGUUUCUUCAGAUCCUGUCACCCUGGAAAGGGAAAAAAUGUAUCUCAACAAACUAAACAUGACAUUAGUUCAGGUGUUGAAGCGGGAGUGGCCGAAGAACUGGGAGUCGUUCAUACCGGACAUCGUGGGGGCGAGCAAGACCAACGAGAGCCUGUGCCAGAACAACAUGGCGAUCCUGAAGCUGCUCAGCGAGGAGGUGUUUGACUUCUCCAGCGGCCAGCUCACGCAGACCAAGACGAAGCACCUCAAGGACACCAUGUGCUCCGAGUUCUCGCAGAUAUUCCAGCUGUGCCAGUACGUCAUGGAUAAUUCUCAAAAUGCAGCUUUGGUUGAUGCCACCUUGGAGACACUACUGAGGUUUCUUAACUGGAUACCUUUGGGAUACAUCUUUGAGACGGAACUGAUAUCAACACUGAUAUAUAAGUUCCUUAACGUACCACUCUUUCGGAACGUGACACUAAAGUGCCUCACAGAAAUUGCAGGUGUCACUGUUACAAACUAUGAAGAGAUGUUUGUCCUCCUGGUUACCGAUACAAUGAGGCAUCUAGAACAGAUGCUGCCUCCGACCACGAACAUCAAGGAGGCGUAUGCCCACGGCUCCGAUGUAGAGCAGAACUUCAUCCAGAACCUGGCCAUGUUCCUGUGCACCUACCUGAAAGAGCACGGCACACUCAUAGAAAAGAAGCAGCUCUACGACUUGUUGUUGGAGGCAUUGCAUUACCUGGUGCUCAUCUCGAGCGUGGAUGAGGUUGAGAUCUUCAAGAUCUGCCUGGAGUACUGGAAUGGCCUGGCAGCUGAUUUGUACAGAGAGAACCCGACCAUCCCUUGCUUCAUCGGCAAGACCAACUCUUCCAUCCCCCCGCGAAGAUUAUUCUACAGCGAAGUCCUGACCAAGGUGCGCUACAUCAUGAUCAGCCGCAUGGCGAAGCCGGAGGAGGUGCUGGUGGUGGAGAACGAGAACGGCGAGGUGGUGCGGGAGUUCAUGAAGGACACGGACUCCAUCAACCUGUACAAGAACAUGCGGGAGACCCUCGUGUACCUGACCCACCUGGACGCCGUCGACACGGAGCGGGUCAUGACGGAGAAGCUGCAGAACCAGGUCAACGGCACCGAGUGGUCCUGGAAGAACCUCAACACGUUGUGCUGGGCGAUCGGCAGCAUCUCGGGGGCGAUGCACGAGGAGGACGAGAAGAGGUUCCUGGUGACGGUGAUCAAGGACCUGCUGGGCCUGUGCGAGCAGAAGAAGGGCAAAGACAACAAGGCCAUCAUCGCGUCCAACAUCAUGUACGUGGUGGGGCAGUACCCUCGCUUCCUGCGCGCCCACUGGAAGUUCCUCAAGACCGUCGUCAACAAGCUGUUCGAGUUCAUGCACGAAACGCACGAUGGUGUGCAGGACAUGGCUUGUGACACCUUCAUCAAGAUAGCGCUGAAGUGUCGACGGCACUUCGUCCUCCUGCAGGUGGGGGAAGUGGUGCCGUUCAUCGAGGAGAUACUCAGCACCAUCAGCUCCAUCAUCUGUGAUCUGCAAACCCAGCAGGUGCAUACUUUCUACGAAGCAGUGGGGUACAUGAUCAGUGCGCAAGGAGACCAUGCAAUUCAGGAUACUUUGAUAGAGAAGUACAUGAACCUGCCUAACCAAGUGUGGGAUGACAUCAUCAUUCAGGCUGCUAAGAAUGUAGAUGUUCUGAAGGACCCAGAUGCUGUGAAGCAGUUGGCAAGCAUCCUGAAGACGAACGUGCGUGCCUGUAAAGCUCUGGGCCACCCCUAUGUUAAUCAGCUGGGCCGUAUCUACUUGGACAUGUUGAACGUGUACAAAGUGAUGAGCGAGAACAUCAGUGCGGCGAUAGCUCUGAACGGGGAGAUGGUGACGAAACAGCCGCUCAUCAAGAGCAUGCGGGUUGUCAAGAAGGAGACCCUGAAACUCAUCUCGGAUUGGGUCAGCCAGUCUACGGACCACACUAUGGUCCUGCAGAGCUUCAUCCCGCCGCUGCUGGACGCCGUGCUGCUGGACUACCAGCGCACGGCCGUGCCCUCGGCCAGGGAGCCCGAGGUGCUCAGCGCCAUGGCCACCAUCGUCAACAAGCUGGAGGGCCACAUCACCAGCGAGGUGCCCAAGAUCUUCGACGCCGUGUUCGAGUGCACGCUCGACAUGAUCAACAAGGACUUCGAGGAGUACCCGGAGCACCGCACCAACUUCUUCCUCCUGCUGCAGGCAGUCAACAACCAUUGCUUUCCCGCGUUCCUCAGCAUCCCACCAGGACAGUUCAAACUGGUUCUAGACUCCAUCAUUUGGGCGUUCAAACAUACCAUGAGGAACGUGGCAGAUACUGGCCUCCAGAUCCUGUACCAGCUGCUGCAGAACGUGGAGCAGCAUGACCAGGCCGCCCAGAGCUUCUACCAGACGUACUUCACUGACAUUCUGCAGCACAUCUUCACCGUCGUCACGGACACCUCCCACACAGCAGGGCUGUUGAUGCACGCCACCAUCCUGGCCUACAUGUUCAGCCUCGUAGAGAUGGGGCGCAUCACAGUGCCGCUUGGAGACAACCCGGACAAUGUGGUCUUCAUCAAGGAGUUUGUAGCCAGCCUGCUCCAGAUGGCCUACUCCCACCUCACGGAGAACCAGAUCAAGAUCACGGUCGAGGGCAUGUUCAACCUGGACCAGGACAUCCGCGCCUUCAAGGAGCACCUGCGCGACUUCCUCGUGCAGAUCAGGGAGUUCACCGGCACGGACGACUCCGACUUGUUCCUGGAGGAGCGGGAGGGGGCCUUGCGGCAGGCGCAGGAGGAGAAGCGUCGCAUCCAGAUGUCCGUCCCGGGCAUCCUGAACCCCCACGAGAUCCCGGAGGAGAUGCAGGACUGAGCGUUCUCCCGGCACCAGGCACCAGGCAUCGUUUAUUCGCUUUGCUGAGACACACUUGUUUGAUGUUGAAGAUGUCGGCGAAGCAUCGCGGAUGGCAGCGGCCAGACCGACUGAGUGUGUGGGUGUGAGGGGAGGGGGUCGGUUGUGGUUUGGAAGUUGCCGAGCGUGGGGCUUGCCCCCUGGUCCUCGCGUCAUCGAUCCGCGAACGUGUCGUGAAGUAUUUCUCGCAGGUGGGGAACACGUCCGCACGCUCGGUGUACAUAAAAGAAAAUUUAUUCAAGACAAGAAUCGGCACCAGAUUUUUUUUUUUUUUUUCCUCGGAACAUUGCGAUUUGUUUUUGUAGAUUCUUCCUGGACAGCUUGCUGCAAGUUUUAAUUUAUGGCAUUUUUGUAUAUUAGAAGGUAGCAGUUUAUACAGCUUGUGAGAGUUUUUGUGCAUUGUUACAUAUGGAAGUUUAGACUUAAGUAAUUGUUUUGUUUAUAAGUAAAACUUGUCCAUAUUUUAGCAGUUCAUUUAACACCAAAAAAAAAAGAACACAUUAACGUUGAUGUGAGCAUGUAAAUUUCUACUUUAAUCGUAAAAAUUGCUGUAUACAGGGUUGUAUCUGAGUUUAUUGGGUUUUUUUUUUUUUUUAAUGUCACUUAAUUUAUGUAUUUUCCAAACGUAAAUCUGUAGCUGUCCCCCACAUCUGUUUUGGACCAGUAGCUUGCAUCUUCUCCGAAUUCUUACAAUUGUGGGUUUUAAGAUUGUGCAUUGUUUCUAGUCAAUUUCUUUCCAUGUAAGACUAAUUAAAGCAUUAGUCUGUAUAAAUGUUUUCCGUACUCUUGUGAUAAAUCAUAGCAUCAGCUUUAUUCUGGGUGGUCAAGAUAAAUUACAGAAAAGUGACCCAACUGAAAUUUAUCAUCACUUUAGAUUUUAUUGGCUUAAGUGAUGCAUUUAGUUUCGUUGACUGGAGUGAAGGUCUUUCUAGAAGUUGCCUUUAGACCACAUUUGUCGUCAUUGCUUCCUCUCAUUAUUGAAACCUAAUCAAGAUAAAUGAUAAACUUAUUAUUUGCUCUUAGCUUUAUAUCUGUAUUUGUGUUUCAUUGCUAUUAAAAUGUUUGUAGGAAUCGCCUGGGGGGAAAAGUUCAAGCAAUGGUAUAUUUCAGUUUUACAUAAGACACAUGGUGUUAUAUAAUACAUACUUCUGGCAGUGAACAUUUUGAGUUUUAAUCGGAAGUAAAUAUUUAAAAAGAUUGAUUUUUAUUGAGAAAUGUUAAAUAUAUAAUGCAUAUAUCAUUAGUUCCAGAUGGUUGGAUUUACAAUCAGGUGUAGUGCCUCUUCAAUAUGGGGGUGGGGAAUUCAUUGUUGUAUGAUUAUGCCCAUCCUAUUGUGACAUGUACUUAGUUUUACUCUCUCCCUAUUAAUUCAUAAAUUUUACCAAAUAUGUUCAAGCAAUUAAUCCAGUUUCAGGUUAUAAUAAUUUGAAAAUAAAACCAAUUUAUUUUAAUAGCAUAUUUUUGUAAAACUGCCUCAAUAAUUAGUAAUUGGUUUCUUCUGUUUGAAAAAAAAAAAUGAUUUAUACUUCUAUGAAUCUUCUCACAUAAUCUUUUCUAACGCAUAAAUGCAGAUGUGGGAAGAACAUUGGCACUGUGUACAGAUAUGGAGGAACACCAUUGAAUAUUUUCGUUGAUCUUCAUUAUACUCUGGUCUGUGGAAAAAAAAUUCUUAGUUUGGAUAAAGUUUAUUCAUUUUUAGGGGGCAACAUUUGAUGGAAACAUUAGAUGGAUAGUGGAAUGCACUGUGAAAUAUAUGAAGAAGAUAUAUAUUUUGUUUAAUGUUUUUGUUGAGUAAAAUAAUUUGCAAAUUUAUGUCAUUACUUUGCCUAUCAGCACCUUUGUUUAAUUGAUUUCAGUUGUAAAGAAAGGUAAUUUUGGUGCACAUUUGAUUAAUUUCCUUCACCUUGAGAUUGCGCUGGGAAGUUCAUUUUGCAUUUACUGCGUGUUCCGUUAAUUGUGCGUCCUGAUGUUCAGAAGGUUUUUUUUAUUUGGAUGUAAUUGUUGUUAGCAUUUGUCCGAGAGGUGGUUCCUGCCCUUAGGUCCUGUACAGUUUCAUGUGAACACUUGGCAGCAGCUGCAGUCUUAUUAUUUUUAACACUUGUUAAUGGUGAGUUUGCUGCGGAUGGAUGGGACAUGAAAUGGUUGUACAUACGAGCUCCCCACUUCCCCUUUCCGUGCCUGCCCCUUGUGCCGCACGGCGCAACACGGCACGGAACCGGAGGACAUCAGUUUGGUGAAACUUGCAUGCGUAACUCAUUUGAAUAGAUCUUUGUUUACUUUGUUUGACAGAUUUUAAGACCAUUUAAUAUUAACAAAAAAAACUUGUUACAUUUCACUGUUUGCGUACUUGGUAGUGUUUGUGAAGAUGGUGUGUUUGUCAGUGUGGUAUGGUGCGUGUAAUACUGUGUUGUUUCUCCUGGUGGCUUGAAGGGCUUCUCUUCUGUUGUAAGAAGAGGGAGUUUGCAGUGAACGAGGUGUGGUGUCUGUACGAACGUUGUUGGCUGGCUUGUGUGUGUGGUGUGACAGAUGAUUGGAGCUUUUACAAUGACCGUGUAUUGUAGGAAGAAAAACAUUUGUGAAAAACAUCUAAGUUAAUAAAAAUAUUUUACAAAGAAA